AAGAAGAAUUCAACACCGGAUCAUCUUCCGGGUUUGUAAAAAAGGGGGAAAAAACAAAUAAGACUAAUACAUUUUGAAGGUUUUCGGCAUGAAAGUUCGGUCUAUGCUGGGAUUAUUACGCAGAGUCUAAAUGGGUGCACAUUAUUGCGCCAUAUGUAAUCAGACAACAUUCUGCGGGAAGAAGAAACACAUCUUCGGAAAAAAUCACCAAAGCCGACUCAGGGUCGUUCUUCUGAAAUUCACUGAAAAGGUCAAAGAAGGUCGACGAACCCUCAAAAAACCCCAGGUGGAGAAGUUCGAUUGCACCCGACACAGGCAGACGUUCUGGUGCUACUGCUGUGGCCUCGAAGUCGACAGGGACGUCACUGACGACAACAUGACAGUGAUGCACGGGGGCUUAUUGGAACACAUGGCCACACGAGAACACAGGAACAAUACCCAUAGGUUCUGGUGGGAGAAUAAGGCUGACCCAAAGCUUAGAGACAGAGUGCUUAUCACAGAGGAGGAAACUGAAAGGUUUAAGGCUGAAGUGGCAAAGGUUUUGGAGUGCUUUGUGGAAAAGGAGGAUGAGUAUAUUAAACAGCAAGCGGAGGUUAUCCGGGCCCAGGAAAAGCGCCGCCAGGAGGUCUUUCAGUCUCUUUUAGAGCCUGACGACGAGUGGGAGUUACCGAAUGGACCCAGCAGCACCGAUCCAUCGGCUGAGCUUUCUGUCAGCUCCAAGUUUCAGCCUCAAGCAUCAGACCAGCAGGUGGGGAAGAGGUUUGACCCGAUGAUCGAGGCGCCCCGGACCUUAGUAGGAGAAAGCCUGACUUUCAUAGGCUACCAGGAUUCAUCAAGUAGCGGAAAUGUGCAUACAGGAGCCGUCCCACCUUGGUUCCAGGACGACCCACUAGAGGGGACGUCCGGUUCAGCGGCGCAUCCGGAGAUCGGCCCGCACCUCCAAGAGUUCCUCAAGCAAAAGGAGCAAGCGAAACUAAGGAAGCUUCCUCCGAACAGAGUCGGAGCCAACUUCGAUCACAGCUCUCACACAGACGCCAACUGGCUUCCCUCUUUUGGCCGAGUGUGGAACAGCGGCCGGCGCUGGCAGUCCAGACACCAAUUCAGACAAGAAGAAGGACAGAAGAAUAAAAAGAAGAGGAAGAGGGAACAUGGCCCAGACCUAUCAAAGAAAAGAAAUGCCGAACAGCUGUCCGAUUCUGACAUUUAAAGCUUUGUUUCCAUACAGUAGUUCUGAGGUUGAAAAUGUUGUUUUUCAGUGUUAAAUAGGGUUUUAUACCUAAGUUUUCUUGCAGUGUUGAAACCAAUAAAACAAUAAGGAGGAUA